AUGUUAGGGAAGGCCUGGCAAUUUGCGCGGCGGCACAAGACAAAAAUAGCGGCUGUGAGUGCGAUAACGGGUGGGUUGGUUUUGGCUGGAAAAUUAGCCGAAAGCAAAUUCAAGCAAUGGCAAGAGGAAGAGACCAGGAAAAUGCUAGAGCAGAUCAAGAAGCAGCAUCAUUACGAGAACACGGAGAAGACAUCAAAUGAGACCUUAAAGUCCUUGUUCCCGGCCUUGAUCAAGACUAUUGAAAAGAGCUUGGACUCUGAACCCAUUUUAGAGAGGAUCAAAAACCAAACAGGGAACAAAAUCGAGUUAUGGAACGAGCUGAAGGUCUUGUCGUUUGCGCGGGCAUUGGCCAUGAUCAUUACUGGAACUCAAUUAGUGCUUUUGCUCAAACUUCAGCUCAACAUUCUCAGUGGGAUCUUGUACAUCAAGCAGCCGUCACAGGUGUUAUCCUCCAGGUUGCAGGAGAGGUUCAUGGCCUUGUCACAGAAUUUCAUAUCCUUCAGUGUUCCCAAAAUAUGUGAGCAGAUUCGAGAAAAAAUGAUUCAGCUUCUGGCCCUGAGUUUGAAAGAAAAGUUCACCAUCACACAAUUAGAGGCCUUUUUCCAAACCACGCUCUUGCAAUUGGAUCUGCCGGGGUUCCAGAAGCUCAUCAUUGCUCCAGACGGUGAUCACAUCAGUCAACCUCUCAACCCUGAUGAGCACCUUCUAUUGGAUGACUUGAUCAAUAAUAUCGUGGAACUUCUGGAGCACGAAGAUUAUGCCAAAAUUUUCCGAAUCGGCCUUCAGACCAGUCUUUCAAAUGUGUUCGAUUAUCUGGCCGAAUCCUACUUAAGCCAUGAGUCAUACAAGGAAAAUGGUUUACGCUCCGAGGUUCGCCUUCCAGUGGCUAAAUUAAUUCCAAUCCUCAACCAAUCCAUAACCGUGUAUCAAUCGGUUCUCCACGCGCUCAUCAAACAUUAUACCAUCAGAGAGUAUUCCGCCAAUAUCUACGAAUCGUUUUGUCAAGCCCCUCCCGAUGCAAUUGCCAAGCCUUCCCUUUCAACUCUUUGGCCAUUUUGAAAUAGGAUUCAUUCAGCUUUCUUGUUUGACAUGAAUAAAUUAGAAAGUAACCGAGA